CCCAGGUCCUUGCCCACUUCCCUGCAGAGCAUCCCUCUGGAACUGCUGGAUAUGGGGUCUUUGUCCUUAGGGACCUUCUUCCCCGUUGUGUGUCAUACAUCAAUACUCAGUGUAACACGGAACAGGGAGAAAGCGCACUGCCAUCCCAAGUGAUCCAGAAAGAUUUGGAAUUGUGAAUUAGGAGCUGGCAGCCUGUUAUUGCUCCCUGGGGCAAAGGCAGCAGCCCCAGUGGCUGCCCUGCCCUGGGCAGUCCAAAGCUGUCGGUGGGUGGUAGGUACUACAGUGGCAUCCAGCUUCUGAUUUCAAAACAUUUGUUGGCCUUUUUUUGUAGUGAGCUGUCCCUAGCCAUGCUCCUCUGCGGGAGAAGAACCUGCCAGGGGCUCUUCCUAUUGUUUUCCCACUGGUCCUGCCUCCGGUGCUGAGCACUGAGGGCAGGGAUUAUCUCUGCCACUCUGGUGGGAGGACUGCUCUCCAAUUACAAAAGCAGAGGAUUAGGGACACUUCUGCUUCCAGACCCAGACUCACCUAGUUCUUUGAGUUCUACCAGGCCCUGGUUUGCUCAUCACAGUCCCAUAACUCAGACUUGCAAACCUGAUGCACACCUAGGUCCUUCCCCAUCUAUUUUACAGUGAAGCUUGUCUUGGCAGCUUUCUUCAGCUUUAGUUUUAAAGGCCCAGCAAUGGGGGGAGGCUAUCAGCCUUGCUACCUGGCCAGCUGUCAGGAUCCAUUUCUGCAUCCUGGGCUCAAAUGUACAACUCAGAAUGUCCAGACCCCUCACCACCCAGAGUAGUACCUGUUGCUGUGUGUGCAGCAGGCAGGGGAGAUUCCACGUUCCCACAUUUGCCAGCCCUCCUCAAAACCUAUGCAGAUGUUGAGGAAACUGCUGGCAGGGCGUGAGUUAAAUGCACUGAUCUCUUGAGAAGAGAGCUGGUUUCAAAGCACCUCAUAAAAACCAGCCCCUCCUGCUCUGCAACCCCACCUGUGCCAGCCCUGCUUUCGGCACACUUCUUCCGGGAUAAGGGGUGGGAAAACAGCUCCAUUCCCCACCACAGCCCCAUUCUUCUGGCUUGGUACUUGCCUUUCUGACUGCUAACUCCAGAGGAGAAUGGGCUUGGCCCCUGCCUCAGCUCACCUCCUAAGAAAAGGGGGCGGAUGUAGGGGAGGGAGCAGUCAUGUCUGCAAGGUCCUUUUCAUCCCCCGCCAGCAGUCUGAUACCGCAGCUUGGUCCAAGGAGAAGGGCUGCAGCAUGGCUGAGCUGGGGACUGGCAGGCAGGUCACAAGGGAUGGUCUGGAGAUGUUUGGGCCAGCACAUUAAUGAUUGGGUGCUUUGGGAGCAAGUACCCCCCCAGAGCUCAGGUGGUGGGAGAUGCACCUCCCCACGAGGGGCAGAGCAAGCAGGGAGAGACCGUGAAAGGUCGGUCCAUCGAUGCCAGUGGCCUUGGUGGAGAAAGAGGCAUCUACGGAGCUGGCAGAGACACGGUGUGGUUCCUUUCAAGCCAUUGAGGCCCCGGGACCGCCUUCCAGCGUGUCUCAGAGCGGCAGCCCCCAGGAGAGACCCCGACCGGCUGUUCAGCUCUGCACCCCUUCGGCCACUCAGUGAUAUUGGGGUGCGUGGUCAGCUGAACCCCCACAGCUUCCCUGGUACCGCGCAGCGGCUGCGGGUGGGAGAGCACUGCGAUAAGGUGAGACCAGGCAGGGGGCAGGGGCCGUGCCCAGUGGGACCUGACUCCCCCUGGCCCAGCACACCCCCCAAACCAGCGAGCCGCCGCCUGCCCGCGCUCCCCCCUCCCCGCCGGCCGAGGGGCCAACCUGCCCCCUCCGCCUCCCUGCCUUUCUGCCUGCCGGGGCGGGGUGGGGGGGGGGGCGGCAGAGGAGGAGCCUGCGAAAAGUUUUGGGCUAAAAACCCACCUUUUUGCUGCCAGCCGAGCCCGACGUCAGGGGCCGCUGUGCGCUGCGCGGGGCUCCACACGCGGCCGGCACACAAAGGCAGCAGCUCCGCUCCGCGCUGCUCUCUCCGCGCCGCUCCGCAGGCAGGAUGCAGGUUCGGGGCCUCCUCCUCCUCCUGGCACUGAUCCUGCUGGCUGCCACCACCGAGGCUGGCAAGAACAAGAAAGAGAAGGCAAAGAAGGAUGGCUCCAAGUGCGAGGACUGGCGCUGGGGACCUUGUGUUCCCAACAGUAAGGAUUGUGGCCUGGGCUACCGCGAGGGAACUUGCAAAGAUGAGAGCAAGAAGCUCAAGUGCAAGAUCCCCUGCAACUGGAAGAAGAAAUUUGGAGCUCUGAUGCCUCUCCCAUCUCAUCCAGCUGACUGCAAGUACAAGUUUGAGAGCUGGGGAGGGUGUAAUGCUCAGACAGGCUUGAAGACUCGCUCAGGCAUCCUGAAGAAAGCCCUGUACAAUGCCCAGUGUGAGGAGAUCGUCUCUGUGACCAAGCCCUGCUCUUCCAAGAUCAAGUCGAAGUCCAAAGCAAAGAAGGGCAAGGGGAAGGACUAGAAUAGGAAGCCAUCAUCUUCAUUGUCCCCUCAACAUGGUGCCUACAGGACUGGAUGCCCAGCUGCAGCUGACCCAUGCUACAGUCUUCCUUCUCCUCUCCUUCCUCCUUUCCAUGACCUCCUGUUUUGCUGAGAUGCCUUAUUUUAAUCAUUAGUGUUGUAGAGAGCAAACCCACCCACUCACCCUGCUGGAGAGGCUGCUCCCAUCCUUGCUACCCCACUACCACUGCCAGUGCCUCUCACUCAUCUCUUCUUGGCUGGUGUUGGGCUUCGCUGGGAUGGGAACACACAUUUUUCCACCCUGCAGCACAAAUGAGUUGCCUUUAGCACAUCCUUUGGCAAGUCCAGGACCCUCCUUGUUCCUCCACCAGCAGAGGUGACAGAAGGAAGGGGUGGGUGUUGAAUGCCAGAGUAACCCCAUUACUCAUGCCCCUUACUCACUUGAGGACUGAUCUCAGCUCAGGAAGCUUAUUCCAGCAUCCCUUUGGCUAGGGUAUGAAUUACCUGCAGCUGAGGUAAACACAACCACCCCCAGGAACCACUGCGUCUCUCUCCUCUAUCACUUCUAACCAUGUGUGUUCCUGUUGGGGCUGCAGCCCCUCUGCCUUUGCCACACCAACACUGGUGCUGGGUGGGAACUCUCACUCCUUUUGGAAAUGGGGUUUGUUUUCUUUUCCAAUAAAAUCUUUUUUUAAAAAGUA